AUGACAUCCAGCACAAGAACACUGAUGAAUGCUGCUGCAAGAGGAUCCCUGAAAACAAAAACUCCAGAGGAAGCGCUGGAAUUACUGGAAUCUCUAGCUUCUCAGGAAUUUGACAAUGCCCCUGCCCCAGUUGCACAAAGGAGAGCAGGAAUUAUGAAGCUUGACGACUAUGAUGCUCAUGCAACUGAGGAUUGUGAAUACAUAAGAGCAGCGAAAAAGCCACCAGCAGAGGUCAAUGGACUCUGGCAUGAUCAGAAGAAUCAGAAUCAACAUCCAGGGUUGAGUCACAAAUCCAACCAUCAGCUCAAUCCUCCCCUUCCAGUGCAACCACAUACCCCACAACAAAGUAACACCUCUGAGUGGGAGAAAGCUUUUGCACAACUAUGCAAGACCACUUCUGAUUAUAUUCAAGGUGCAAAUGCUUUCAGAGAGGACACAUUUGCUUUCAUGCAAGAGAGUAGAGCAGCACACCGAAAUCAAGAAGCUUCCAUAAGAAAUCUGGAAAUUCAGAUUGGCCAGUUGUCGAAGCAAUUUUCUGAGAGAGCUCCGGCCGAAAAGAAACUAUUCAAGUGGGAGAAGAAGAAAGCUCUUGAAAGACAGAACAAGCCAUUGGAUCUCUCCCCAUAUGCUCGAAUCCCAUAUCCUCAGAGAUUAAAGAAAGAUAUUCAGAAGCAGCAGUUCAUGAAGGAUCUAUUAUCAAGGAAGCGUAAGUUACAGGAAUGUGAGAUGGUGAAUCUGACUGAGGAAUGUAAUGCUAUCAUCCAAAAGAAGUUACCUACCAAAGUCAAGGAUCCAGGGAGCUUCAACAUUCCAUGCACUAUAGGCAAAGUGGAAGUGGACAAUGUUUUAUGUGAUCUUGGAGCUAGCAUCAAUGUCAUGCCACUCUCCAUAAUGAAGAAGCUGGGGAUUACUAAAGUAGACAAAUUCAUCAUUCCUGUUGAUUUUGUCAUCCUUGACAUUGAGGAAGAUGCCACAAUUCCAAUGAUCUUCGGAAGACCCUUCUUGGCAACUUCAGGAGCACUAAUUGAUGUACUGAAGGACGAGCUGAUAUUACGGGUAGACGGAGAGCAGGCAACUUUCAAGUUCUUUGACAAAGAAGUCCCUUCAUCCGUAGCUCAACCAGAAGAUCAAGUCUAUUUUAUUAGUGAAUAG